AUGUCCCCCGCCCUCGUCGCCGGAACACUCCCCACCCCGCCCUCUUCAAUACAAAAGUAUCGCGACGCCCUUCGCCGCGACCUCAAGGCGCGGUACGAGGCAGCCGCCCGCGCAGGCCUUAACGCCCGCGUCCCCGCCGACGCAAAGCACGACCCAGACUACGGAUACGACGAGAACCCCUUCGACACGCGCGCCCGCCUUCUGCACUCUUUCGACCCGCUCUCCCCCGCCAGCCCGCCCCUGCCCCGCUCCGUCUCGUCGUCUUCCUCGUCCUUGUCCGAAGAACCCGAACCCGAACCCCAACCCGAGCCCAUCGCGCUCAACUCGCCCGCGCCCUCGAUCCCGCGCCGCCGCUGGUCGGCUGCCCCCGACGCCGUCGGCCUCGCUUCAGCAGCCAUGAGCCGAUCCUCCUCCCUCUCUCUGUGCGACACGCCCGGCUCUGAAAUGUCUUUUGAAGUCGGCCGCACAGCAGACUACGUGGGCCUGUACGGCCGCCCCUCUCUCCGCUUCAGCACAGCAGGCAUUUCGCCUGCACGUACACCGCCGCCGCCACCCGUCGUUUCCACAACAUCCUCGCACGCCGUCUUCAACCCCUCUCCUCUCGGCGCGUUCAACUCUCCUCUCGGCACGUUUGGGACGUGCGGCCCCUCCCCUCUCGGCACCUUCGGCACGUGCACUGCAACUGCAACACCACCAAAGGACCGCCGCUCGCUCCUUGGCGCUACGCCGCUCAAGCCGCUCAAGCCACUUGCGCAGCUUGCGCACACCCCGUCCCCGCAGCCGCGGCGCGGCCGCAGAUCUCGCGCACCCGACGCGUGGGCAGACGUUGUCCUCACCCGCUCCGAGAGCGAGACCAUGCUCCUCGCCGCGGCGGGGUAUGCGUCGCAGCGCUGUCGCGGGGCGAUAGCGCGGUAG